AUGGCGAACCAAGCAUGGCAAAACACCAAGCCAGGGCACCUCUCCCUCUUAGACCUAGUUCCCCUCCCCAAGCCAGGCCCCGGCGAAGCCCUCGGCCGCAUCCACGCAGUCUCCCUCAACUACCGCGACAUCCUCAUCGUGGCCCACAACCCAGCCUACCCCUGGAUUGCCAAGCCCCAUGUCGUCCCUGGCAGUGACGGCGCAGGAGUCAUAGAAGAAGUAGGGCCUGACUUUCACUGGAAGAAAGGAGACCGUGUCAUUGUCCAGCCCAAUACCUGGGAGACUGGGACCGACGUGCGUGAUAAUGACUUGACGAAGAUGCUCGGAGGUGGCGAUGUGGAUGGGACGUUUCGGAGAUAUAUGGUCAUGCCGGAGGAUAGGCUCGUGCGUGCGCCUGAGGGGAUGUUGUUUGAGGAGACUUGUACGAUUUAUACGGCUGGGGUGACGACUUGGCAUACGUUGUUUCAUGGACAUAUCAAGCUGGCGCCGGGGAUGAAGGUGCUUACGCAGGGGACUGGUGGGCUGAGCUGUUUUGCGAUUCAGAUCGCUGCGGCACAUGGUGCUACAGUCAUUGCGACUUCGUCGUCAGAUGAGAAACUUGAGGUGGCGAAGAAGCUGGGAGCUACACGCUUGAUCAACUAUGGCAAGCAUCCUGAGUGGGCGCCUGAGGUGCUGAGGAUGGCUGAUGGUAAGGGAGUGGACAUCGUGGUCGAGGUUGUGGGUGUCGACAGUAUUGAGCAAAGUGUCAAGGCCACCAGAUGGGGAGGGUCGAUUGAGCUGGUCGGCGUGCUAUCGAAGGACCCAGCGAAACCUGUCAACAUCCUGAACGAUCUGCUGUUUAAUGGCGGAAAGACCAGUAAGUCUUCAAUACUGGCUGAUGAAUGGGUCGGUAUGAAUCUGUGCGAUAGUUCAUGCGAUCCUUGGUGCUGGAAGCAGGGAGCUGACCGAAGAGUUCUCAAAGUUCCUCGAGAAGCACCAGAUCCAUCCACAAAUCGCAAGAACCUUCGAAUUUGA